AUGGAUCCCAUAAAAUUCACCGAAAUGAAACUUGUAGACGAUGAAGAUGUGGAGACAAUGGUCGCUCUUUACUGCCAUAGCAACCAAAAUGCACCGAUGCACUUAUUUGCUGAGUUAGCUAUUGUGGAGUCAACAGAAGAUCCAACUCCAUUAGGUGAAGAAGAUGGACCUCAAGAGUUGUGUAUGGUGGUUCCGAUAUCAUAUGUUGGUAGUCAAUCAACUACACAUGGGAUCAACAUUGAUCUUAAUGCUACACCCGAGACUGAUGUGGGUGGUGAUGAUGUAUACCAAAGUAGUUAUCCUUCUGAUUAUGAAGUCGAUAUUGAUAGUGAUCCCGACGUGGAUGAUGUCCCAGAUGAUAUUGACGAUGAAGGCGUGAACGAGGAUGGAAACAUUAAUGCAUCUUUAGUCGGGAACCAGAUCCGUCGUAUUGUGAUACACAAUAAUCCUGGGGCAUACAUGUCUCGGAUAGACCCCGAUGCGGCGCAUGCAGCCGAGUUCCCGGAGUACCUUGAGAUACUACCUGCUCACCAGAUGGCCAUAUAUUCUGAUCCUGAGGAGUUGUUUGUGGGCCAGAGAUUCGAAAAAGGCUGCAAUUGGCGGAUACGAGCUGCAUUUAUCCAGAAGUAUCAGAUAUGGGAGAUACGAAAAUUUGUUGGGCCUCACACAUGUACUUCAACACGAAUGACAGAAGAUCAUCGAAAACUUGAUUCGAAAACUAUCUGUACAUGCAUCAUGCCAAUGGUUGAAGACAUGCCGACCAUUAAAGUUUGGGUAUUAAUUACCGAAAUGCAGGCACGAUUCCAGUAUCGAGUAUCAUACCGAAAGGCAUGGAUAACUAAACAGAUGGCAAUAGAGCAAUUGUACGGACAUUUCGAUGCAUCGUACAAUGAGUUGCAGGGAUGGAUUGCGGCAAUGAGGGAGUACGUAUCGGGGAUUGUCAUUGAGUUGCAGACAUGA